GCUCCAGCAAGCUGGAUGACCUCUCACAAACACGGUCUCUCUGUUGGCACAGGUGAGCAGACGACCUUCCAGCUGCAGGUUCGUCAGGUGGAGGAUUAUCCUGUGGACCUGUACUACCUGAUGGACCUCUCUCUGUCCAUGAAGGAUGACUUGGACAACAUCCGCAGCCUGGGCACCAAGCUGGCCGAGGAGAUGAGGAAGCUCACCAGCAACUUCCGACUGGGGUUCGGGUCUUUUGUAGACAAGAACAUCUCUCCUUUCUCUUACACAGCACCGAGGUACCAGACCAACCCCUGCAUUGGUUACAAGUUAUUCCCCAACUGUGUCCCCUCCUUUGGGUUCCGCCAUCUGCUGCCUCUCACAGACAGAGUCGACAGUUUCAAUGAGGAAGUUCGGAAACAGAGGGUGUCCCGGAACCGCGAUGCCCCGGAGGGCGGCUUUGAUGCGGUGCUCCAGGCGGCCGUCUGCAAGGAGAAGAUCGGCUGGCGAAAGGAUGCGCUGCACUUGCUGGUGUUCACAACGGAUGAUGUGCCCCACAUUGCGCUGGAUGGAAAACUGGGGGGCCUGGUGCAGCCGCACGAUGGCCAGUGCCACCUGAAUGAGGCCAACGAGUACUCUGCGUCCAACCAGAUGGACUAUCCAUCGCUUGCCUUGCUUGGAGAGAAAUUGGCAGAGAACAACAUCAACCUCAUCUUUGCAGUGACAAAAAACCAUUAUAUGCUCUACAAGAAUUUUACAGCCCUGAUACCUGGAACAACAGUGGAGAUUUUACAUGGAGACUCCAAAAAUAUUAUUCAACUGAUCAUCAAUGCAUACAAUAGCAUCCGGUCUAAAGUGGAGCUGUCCGUCUGGGAUCAGCCUGAGGAUCUUAAUCUCUUCUUCACUGCUACCUGCCAGGAUGGCGUCUCCUACCCUGGUCAGAGGAAGUGUGAAGGCCUAAAGAUUGGGGACACGGCGUCCUUCGAGGUGUCGGUGGAGGCCCGGAGCUGCCCGGGCAAACACACGCAGCACACGUUCACCCUGCGGCCCGUGGGAUUCCGGGACAGCCUGGAGGUGGGGGUCACCUACAACUGCAGGUGCAGCUGCAGCGAGGUGCUGGAGCCCGACAGCGCCAGGUGCAGCGGGAACGGGACUUACGUCUGCGGCCUGUGUGAGUGCAACCCCAGCUACUUGGGCACCAGGUGCGAGUGCCAGGAAGGGGAGAGCCAGAGCGGGUACCAGAACCUGUGCCGCGAAGCGGAGGGCAAGCCCCUGUGCAGCGGGCGUGGGCAGUGCAGCUGCAACCAGUGCUCCUGCUUUGAGAGCGAGUUCGGCAAGAUCUACGGGCCCUUCUGUGAGUGCGACAACUUCUCCUGUGCCAGGAACAAAGGCAUCCUCUGCUCAGGCCACGGCGAGUGUCACUGUGGAGAAUGCAAGUGCCACGCAGGCUACAUCGGGGACAACUGUAACUGCUCGACAGACAUCAGCACGUGCCAGGCCAGGGAUGGCCAGAUCUGCAGUGACCGUGGGCACUGCGUCUGCGGGCAGUGCCAGUGCACUGAGCCAGGAGCCUUCGGGGAGACGUGUGAGAAGUGCCCGACCUGCCCCGAUGCUUGCAGCACCAAGAGAGAUUGUGUGGAAUGCUUGCUGCUUCACUCAGGGAGCUCAGCUGACAACCAGACUUGCCAAAACCUGUGCAAGGAUGAGGUGAUCACGCGGGUGGACACCAUCGUGAAAGAUGACCAGGAGGCUGUGCUCUGUUUCUACAAAACUGCCAAGGAUUGUGUGAUGAUGUUCACCUACACAGAGCUCCCCAGUGGGAAGUCCAACCUGACGGUCCUCAGGGAGCCAGAGUGUGGAACUGCCCCCAAUGCCAUGACCAUCCUCCUGGUUGUGGUUGGCAGCAUCCUCCUGGUUGGGAUUGCGCUCCUGGCCAUCUGGAAGCUGCUCGUCACCAUCCACGACCGGAGAGAGUUUGCAAAGUUCCAGAGCGAGCGAUCCCGGGCCCGCUACGAAAUGGCCUCGAACCCUCUGUACAGGAAGCCCAUCUCCACACACACCGUGGACUUCACCUUCAACAAGUUCAACAAGUCCUACAACGGCACAGUGGACUGACGGUGCCUCCUCCUCAGAGGGCCGGAGGGGCACGUGCUCAGGUUAGAGGCGGACAUGCUGGGACAGCUGCUCGGCCUGCUCACGGCUCCCUGCAUGGCCAAGCGCGGUGACCUUCCAGUGGGCCUGGCCGAGGAGCCCGCGGCUGCACAGCAAAGCGCCCGGCCGCGCCACCUGGCCACCCCUCCGAGCCCGGCGCCGGCCAGGGACUUUGGCGCUCUCGACUUUCCUCACCACAUCUGGCUCGUGGUCUCAGUGAACUGCUGAGACACUGGGCUGCCUCUCCCUCCAGCCUGGCCAGAGGGGAAGGCUCUUGCGAGCGUCAGUGUAAAACACCGACAGACACAGUCUUGGCUUUUCUCGUGUUGAUCAUUUUUAUAUGAAAUAAAAAGAUCGUGCAUUUAUGGUAUAGUCCUGAUUCCUGAGAAUUACCUUCCUGGUGUCUGCCUCGCACGUGGGCGUUGGUGAUGGGAUUAUUGAGACGCCGGUUGAAGGCACAUAGUUUGCAAAUGUCAGCUUUCUUCUGUCCAUGUUUGUUUAGUACUUUUGUAAUGAAAAGGAAAGAUUGUUUGGUAAUGAAAGUAAAGACUAAAACCAAAAGA